CUACAAAAGGAAGAUCAUCUAUUUACAGCAUUCUCAUACUUUGACAAAGACGGGAGCGGCUACAUUACUGCUGACGAGCUCCAACAGGCCUGUGAGCAGUUUGGUUUGGGGGAUCUUCAUAUUAUGGACAUAAUCAAUGAAGUUGACCAAGACAAUGAUGGGCGCAUUGACUACAGCGAAUUCGUGGCUAUGAUGCAAGACUCAACAUUCAGACCAGCAGGAAAAUAAUCCAGGCAGACC